UGCAUACGCUCCUCUUUUCAUUUAGCAGUGGACUGUUGUACUAAUCGAACGUGAAUCGUAAAAUGGACCGUUGGACAGGUAAGGUAGCCGUCGUUACCGGGGCAAGCUCCGGAAUCGGUUCGGCGACGGUGAAAGAACUCAUCAAAGCUGGAAUGGUUGUUGUCGGGUUAGCCCGCCGUGUGGAACGUGUGGAAGCACUGCGAUCCGAUCUGCCGGCGCACAGCCGGGAACGUUUGCACGCGGUGAAAUGUGAUAUCUCUAAGGAGGAGGACAUCCUCAACACCUUCCGUUGGAUUGAGGGAAAACUAGGAGGAGUGGACGUUUUGAUCAACAAUGCCGGAGUUGCCCUUGGAGACUUUAACUUGAUCGAUCCCGGCAACACCGAGACGAUCCGAAAAACGCUGGACACGAACGUCGUUGGGUUGGUAAUAUGCAGCCGCGAAGCGUUUCAGUCGAUGAAAAAACGAUCAUUUGACGGUCACAUUGUUCACAUCAACAGCGUUGCCGGCCAUGUUGUACCGCCCCUUCCGCGGUACAACAUUUACUCCGCUAGUAAGUUUGCGGUAACGGCUAUUACGGAAACGAUGCGGCAAGAGUUUCGGGCUGAAGGCACCAAGGUUAAGGUUACGAGUAUAAGUCCCGGUGCUAUUGACACUGAGAUGCUAAAUCCAGAGUUCAAGGCUGCUGGGAUACCCACCUUGGAGGCGAAGGAUAUAGCAGAGGCAAUAUUGUACGUUCUGAGUACACCACCGCGAGUACAAGUGCACGAGUUAACUAUCAAACCUGUCGGAGAAGGUUUCUAAGUGUACAUGGUUGAUAUGAUGAAUCGUUUGGAUUAUGCACAACUUGGUCAAAAAACAAUAAAAUAAUACAUUAUUAAA